UGGAAAGACUAGCGUGUCGAGGCUCGAUCACCUCGAUAAGGAUAUUUAGCCUGCGUUUAGUGUGACAAUAAUAUUGGGAGGGAGUUUCGGCAAAGGAGCUUUGAUGUUUUUAGAGCGCGAUGUUAAACAUAUAUGUUAACAUUGUGCAUUUAUUCCUUUUUCAGACGGUGGUGCUAAAUGCAGAAGUAUAACAGAAUGUAUUUUGUACUUUAUUUGUAAAGAUAUGCGACCGUUUCAUAUUGUUGAAGGCGAGGAAUUCUUGGAAUUAAUGAAAGAAGUAGCUCCUGUGUAUAAAGUGCCUUCCUCCACACAUUUUAAAAAACUACUUUGCGAUAAAUAUGACGUAAUGAAGAGGGAGUGGUCUGUUAAAAUAUCUAAAGCAAAUGACUUGUGCAUGACAAUUGAUGUCUGGACCGAGACUAUGAAUGAAAAAAGUUUUUUGGGAAUAACGACACAUUUUAUAGAGCAAGCAUCUAUUACAAAUUUAAAUAUUGCUACCAGAGAACUCAAUACUAACCAUACAGCUGAGUAUAUAUCCAACGUGUUUUCUGAUAUUCUCAACGAUUGGAGAAUUCCAUUGACCAAAAUUACAUGCACAGUAACUGACAAUAAGGCAAAUAUGGUAGCGGCGAUAAGACAAACCCUAGGCGAAUCCAAGCACUUGCCUUGUUUUGCACAUACAAUCAAUUUGAUCGUUCAGUCGUCCGUAAAUAUUGCUUCCAUACAAGCUCUUAUAAGCAAAGUAAGAAAUAUCGUAAAAUGGGUGAAGAACAGCGUAAUAAAUUCAGAUAAAUUGAGAAAAUUACAAAUCGAGGCAGGUGUUCCCGAAGGAUCGACUAAAAAGUUUAUUAUUGACAUAAAAACACGCUGGAAUUCACUAUAUUACAUGCUAGAACAUUUUCUGGACAUGUUCAAACUUGCAUCUGCACUGACACUUGAUUCAACAGAUAGUCCGGAGAUGUUAACGGGCCAAGAAAUUGAAGCGAUCAAGAAAAUUGUUCAGCUAUUAAAGCCUUUUGAAUUCGUGACUAAAGAAGCUUCUGGACAGAAUUACGUAACAUUAUCUAAAAUUAUACCAAUGGUGAGCUGCCUUAUAUCUGAGGUGCGUAAAUUUUCCACAUCCAUUGAAUGCGUCAUCCAGCUUCAAUCAAAACUCAUGGCAGAGUGUAAUAAAAGAUUUGGUCUUAUCGAGUACAACACAUAUGCAGCUUUCGGUACAAUUCUUGACCCAAGGUUCAAAAAUCUUCACUUCCAAGAUGCCAACGCUUGCGGUAGGGCUAUACAAAAAUUGAAAAGUAUUAUAGAGGUAGAUGUGUCAACAAGCUCAGAAGAGGAAGAUGUAGCCAAGGAUGACUUCGACUUCUGCUCGCCGUCGGUCAAAGAAAAAAAAGGUCUACAAAAGGUGACGAAGUGUCCUUAUAUUUAUCCAGCCCAGUAUCUUGCCUGAAGUCGAACCCAUUAGAAGAAUGGGAGGAGCUGAAAACUGCGUUUCCUUUGUUGUAUAAACAAGCACGAUCAUAUUUACAUAUAGUUGCAA